UACUUUUACAAGCAAAAAACUAUUUAAGCCGAAACAUUCACAAUUUCAUUUUGUUAUAUAACAUAAUUAAUUUCUUGAUGAGAAGUUUUAGAGAUUAAAAAAAAAGAAUCUCCUAAAUAAUAAAAAAAUGAUACACGUCUUUAUUUUAAUGUCUCCUGGCCACGACACCAAAAGUCUGGACGAUGAACAUAUAAGCGAAACAGAUUUAUCAAACCAAGAACUAAUAGAUGACUUGACCAUUGAUGAAUUAUCUGAAAGAUUAGAAGAGUUAAAGAUACAAAGAGAUGAUUUCUCAAAUAAAAAAUUGCUGGAAGAGAUCGAGGCUCUUCAGAAUGACAUACAGCGACUUCAAACUGACACUGACUUCAGAGAAACUAGAAUCCUAGCAAGAGAUGCUGUGGCAGUUUAUGCUUUAUCUCCAACUGAAAUAGAGGUACGAUGGGAUGAUUUACAGUUUGGCGAAGUCGAAUCUUACACAGUGUUCCACAAACCUGUUACGGAAGACGAUAAUGCGUAUGUGUCAAUAUCGCUAAACGGAACUGUCGAUUCCUGUAUCAUAUCGGAACUCGAACGAAAUACCACAUAUCACAUCAGGAUGGAAGCAGAAGGUUCAGACAAAUCAGAAAUUAAAACGGAUACUGUUGAAGUGACAACGUUCAAAUCAGUGUCGGGAUUUGUUCUUAUCUUGGCGAAUUACCAAGAUUUCCAGCUUAAAGCGUUGUCUAGUAUAGAUGGAACACGAUCACAUGUUGCGUCAUUGAAAGCAACAUUUGAAAAUUUACAUUUUGAAGUCAAGUUAGAGGAAAAUUUAACAGGUGCAAAAAUGAUUGAGUCGAUUCAAAGUCACAGACAAUGGUUGGACCGAAAUGGAAUAGACUGCUUUAUUCUGGUACUAGCUAGCUACAAAUACCAUGGGUAUAUAUUUGGGAUUGAUGGAGGUGUACUAAUAAGCAGAUUAAUAGAUUGUUUGAAAUAUGAUAUUAACACUGAUUCCACGGAUGCCCAGGGUAAACAAAGAAUUGUGUUGAUAGAUACUGCCAAAAUCAAGGAAGAAACAAUACAGGAACUUGAUGACUCAAACCAACCAAGAAAUGUUAAAGUUCGAUACAUCGAUCCAACAAGUGUUGAAUUUUCAUUCCAAUAUCCAAAACUCUCAGAGAUACAAGUCAGUCGAUUCGUAGUUGCUUUAAAUGAUGGAGAAAAGACAAAAAUGAAGUAUAUAAAUGCAGAACAUACAAAAGAAGCCUAUAUUUGUGAACUUGGUAAACUGAAAACUAAUACAGAAUAUAAAUUUGAAGUGUUUGCAUCAUAUCCAGAACAUAAUGGCCAAGCAGUCAACGGAAUAAUUAAAACGAGUAAUAAAGAAUCUAAUUGUCCUGUUGCAUUUGGACUUGAGUUGAUUUCUCAAUCACAGAUCUAUGCCUUUUGGAAACAAUCAUCCACAGAAAACUCUGACAAUCUAUUGUAUCAUAUAUCCCACAAAUCAACAGACCAAGAAGAAUUCGAAGGAAUAACUGUAUCCUAUCCAUGUCAUGUAUUUGAUAAUUUGAAACAAAAUACUAUGUAUACGAUCAAAAUCUCUUCAGUAAAGAGGGACAAAAACAAUGUUGAGUAUAGUGAUCCAGCUGAAGUGUCGAUAACAACACCAAAAGAUGGUACACCAAUAAUUAUGGCAGACUCGUCAACAACGCAUAUUUUGGGUAAACCACAUUUCAUGAUAGCUACUGCCAAUGGUCCAUUUGUGUCUGAUGAGUCCCCAUCGUUUCUUGGCUGUUUUGCAAAACAUCUACUCAAAAAGCACAACAGGUUUGACAUAACGUCCAUUAUACAAGAUGUAAGAAAUGAGCUGAUUUAUACAUCAGAUAGAUAUGAAAUGCCGAUAUUAUCAUCGACACUGAACACAGCAUUAUUUCUUGGAGGUUCUCCAAAGAUGAAACUCGCUGAACCUGAUAAUGAUAAACAAAAUGUAGAUGAAGGAAACUAAAUUUUUCAGGCAUAAUGAUAUGAUAUACCUUUUCUGUGAAUUAUAUCAAGUUUAUUUUUACCUAGAAAAUUCUAAAGUUUGAAUCAUGAUUUUAUAUUCAUGUAUUGACUCGUGUGAUCAAAGUUGUUAUCAGAAUAAUCUUCGAAACUAGAAGAUAGAAAUGACGGCCGAAAAGAAAAGAAUUCUAUGUCAAUGAUUGUUAUUUUUUUUUCUUUCUAUCAUUUCUAUACUUUAGUUUAGUUUAGAAAUAAAGUUUGAAGUUAAAACAAA